UGUGGCAGGAAAGUUCAAGGUGUCCUGGCAGCAGGAAGCUCCUUUGCUCCACCCUCUGCCCUGCACACUAGCUUUCUGAGUUUAUUGAGGAUUUGCUGAACCAGAGCUGCCGGCGACGGAGACCUGAUCGGUGCGGCCGCUUGGGUGGGAGCUGGACCCCCAGCAUGAAGCAUUUAUUCAGAAAGCCCUGGAAAGUCUUUGCUGUGUUCUUCUUUGCCACCGUGUUCUGGUGUUCCUGCUCAGCAGCAGCUGAAGAUGUCUCCAAUAUUUCAACAAGCUCCAUGCUCACAACUGAGUACGAAGCACCAUGUCUUAACAUGAACUUCUGCAGGCAAGCGGCCACGUGCUGCCCAACAGGCAUGGAUGAUUAUGGAUGGAUUGCAGCGGCUGUCGGCUGGAGCCUCUGGUUUCUGACUCUCAUCCUGCUCUGCGUGGACAAGGUCAUGAAACUCCGGCCUGACGAGCCUAAACAUUUGGUAGCCUGAAGCAGGGCAAGCCAGCAAGCAGCAGCACCUGGGAGCAGUGAGGUGCAGACAGAGUGACAAAGCAUUUUAAUCACUUCCUAAGAAACAAAAGAGAACAUACCUUCAGCCAAAAAGGCCAGAUCUAAGAGGGCACCUGCUGGGGCUUCAUCCUCCCUGGCAGGUCAGAGCUGCCAGUCAAGUUGCGAAGCAGGCAAGUUUUUGCAAACCACCACGUACGUCCCACAGUGCACAGAAAACCUUCCCCCUGAGCCGCUUCGUGCUUGCUGUGAAUACAUCAGCAGCCAUGAGACGCUGAAGGACCAGUUACCAGUUUAUAGCACACUGCCUUAAGACAACCCAGUACAUAACCUUCGACUCUGAAACAGAAAGGGGGUAAAUAAAGCUGUUUUCUGGAGGAUCAGAGUUACCAGAUCCAUUACUAAGCUAUAGGCCAGGUUACAUCAAUAAGCAGAUGUAACUCAUUGAUUACACUGAGUUAUACCUGUGGUAUUUUAAAGUCUAUUAACUGAUACCAGUGAAGACUCUGUUGUGGAAACUUAAGGAUUGUUUGGGUUUGCUUGAGGUUAAAACUAGUUUUUCCAGUGCAGUUUAUAUGUGAACUGUUUUGUAGGAAUUGUACGUUGGUUGUAUUUAUUUAGCUUGCACCUGCACGUAGUUACUACUGAGCCAAGCUUAACUGUGCAAGGAGGUUUAAACCAUCAUAACCAAUUCAUGCACAAAACUGUUGCUAUUUAUGCAAGGUGAUAAUAAAAACUCUUAUUGA